CACACACACACUCAUCUUUUCACAGGCUUCAACGUGGAGGUAAAGAAAGUAAAACACAAAGCAGAGAGCAAUGGACUCUCUUUCUUCCUCCUCCUUUAUCUCCACAUUCUCUCCUUCAUCCUCUCUUCUUCUUCACCGCCCAUCCUCCUCUCGCCGUCUCCUCCGUGUCAACUCCGCCGUCGUCGAAGAACGAUCGCCCAUCAUUAGUAACCCAACCCAAAACAAUGACUCCCCGACCAAACCUAAGAAACCACUCUACACUCGAACCAACAACCGCACCGCAGUUUCAUCUCCCUCCAAACCCCGACCGCAAACGUCUCUCGCAACGGCUCUCUUCACCACCUUCGAAGAAGUCAUCAACACGUUCAUCGACCCACCGUCACGUCCUUCCGUAGAUCCAAAACACGUCCUCUCGGACAACUUCGCUCCCGUCCUCGACGAGCUUCCCCCCACCGAGUGCGAGAUCAUCCACGGCUCUCUUCCUCCGUCUCUAAACGGCGCUUACAUCCGUAACGGCCCCAACCCGCAGUUCCUCCCUCGUGGUCCCUACCACCUGUUCGACGGUGACGGUAUGCUUCACGCGAUUCGCAUCCGCGACGGUAAAGCCACGCUCUGCAGCAGAUACGUCAAGACUUACAAGUACAGCGUCGAGAAACAAACCGGUUCUCCGGUUAUCCCUAACGUGUUUUCGGGAUUUAACGGCGUACCGGCCUCGAUGGCUCGCGGAGCUUUAUCGGCGCUUAGGGUUUUAGCUGGACAGUUUAAUCCCAUCAACGGCAUUGGUCUAGCGAACACGAGUCUCGCCUUCUUCUGUAACCGUCUCUUCGCGUUAGGAGAAUCCGAUCUCCCGUACGCCGUUCGAUUAACCGAGAGCGGAGAUAUCGUUACGAUCGGACGGCACGAUUUCGACGGGAAGUUAGCGAUGAGCAUGACAGCUCACCCGAAAACCGAUCCCGAAACCGGAGAGACGUUCGCUUUCCGGUACGGUCCGGUUCCCCCGUUUCUAACGUUUUUCCGGUUCGAUUCGACCGGGAAGAAGCAAAAAGACGUUCCGGUUUUCUCCAUGACCUCGCCCUCGUUCCUUCACGACUUCGCGAUCACGAAGCGCCACGCGAUCUUCUCGGAGAUUCAGAUUAAGAUGAGGAUGGACUCGAUGCUCGAGGGAGGAUCUCCCGUCGGCGCCGAUAACGGCAAAACGCCGCGGCUCGGAGUGAUCCCGCGUUACGCCGAGGACGAAUCGGAGAUGAAGUGGUUCGAGGUUCCCGGGUUCAACAUCAUCCACGCCAUCAACGCCUGGGACGAAGACGACGGAGACGCCGUCGUCCUGAUCGCUCCCAACAUCAUGUCGAUCGAGCACACGCUGGAGAGGAUGGAGCUCGUCCACGCCCUCGUGGAGAAGGUGAGGAUCGAUCUCGUCACCGGGAUCGUGACGCGCCACCCGAUCUCCGCCAGGAACCUCGAUUUCGCCGUCGUCAAUCCGGCGUUCAUCGGGAGACGGAACCGGUACGUCUACGCGGCGAUCGGAGACCCGAUGCCGAAGAUCUCCGGGGUGGUGAAGCUCGACGUGGCGAGAGGAGACGGGGACGACUGCACGGUGGCGCGUAGGAUGUACGGUCCGGGAUGUUACGGAGGGGAGCCGUUUUUCGUGGCUAGGGAUCCUGGUGAUCCGGAGGCGGAGGAGGAUGACGGUUACGUGGUGACGUAUGUUCAUGACGAGGUGGCGGGAGAGUCGAGGUUUCUUGUGAUGGACGCCAAGUCUCCCGAGCUUGAAGUCGUGGCCGCGGUGAGGUUGCCGCGAAGAGUUCCGUACGGAUUCCAUGGUCUAUUUGUUAAGGAGAGUGAUCUUAAUAAGCUUUAACUAUAGUCUAUAGCUAAAACUAAAAACAAAGGAUUAAGUUCUUAAUCACGUUCCGUGUAAUGGAAACAGAACAUAUUAUAUAGUGUUUGUUGUUGCAUUUUAAACAUUAUAGUAUAGAUAUAGUUUGGUAGUGGUCGAAUGUAUAUAAAAAAUAUCAAAGCCUGUUAAUAAAAAAACGUAUUAUGCUU